UCUCUCACAUCCACCGGCGCUUCUUUCCAGGCGGAGUGGUAGGCGGAGUUGCUUCUUUCCAGCUGGCAGUGCUGCGGAGGGACACCAGAUCAUAAAACAGGCUGCAGUGCGGCUUAGUUUUGCCGGCUUUUAUCGCAACUACCAAGAGCAGCGCACGAGACCGGCAUCCCUGCGAAAUGACUUUGCCGUCGAAUUUCAUUUGACCAUUUAGUUUGUCUGCAUUUAAUAUUUACAAGGUUGUGCAUUUUCAUUUAACUUAAUGUUGCAAAGAGUAACUUAUUUUAUACCUUGACGUGAAAGAAUACGCGCUUUAGGUGCCUCAGCCAAGGCUGUCACUCUCUCCAUCACUCUCAUAUUACCUGAAGAGGACGGACUGACUGCGCAAUCAUGGGGUAUGGACGAUCGGAUAGCUACCGCGUGGCCACCACGCAAGAUAAAGAUGAGAAAAGUUCUCCAAAGAAGAAAAAGGGAGUAAAAGAUCUUGAUGAUCUGAAGAAAGAAGUUCCCCUGACAGAACACAAGAUGUCAGUUGAGGAAGUAUGCCGGAAAUUUCAGACAGACAUUGUUCAGGGUUUAACUAAUGCAAAGGCCAGAGAUUUUCUGUUGCGAGACGGGCCAAAUGCUCUGACCCCUCCACCCACAACACCUGAGUGGAUUAAAUUCUGUCGUCAGCUGUUUGGUGGUUUCUCCAUCUUGCUGUGGACCGGAGCCAUUCUCUGCUUUCUGGCCUAUGCUAUUCAGGCUGCCACCGAAGACGAGCCGGCUGGAGAUAAUUUGUAUCUGGGAAUCGUGCUGUCUGCUGUGGUCAUCAUUACUGGCUGCUUCUCCUACUUCCAGGAGGCAAAGAGCUCCAAGAUCAUGGAGUCCUUUAAAAACAUGGUGCCACAGCAAGCGUUAGUGAUUCGUGAAGGAGAGAAGAUGCAGAUCAAUGCUGAGGAAGUGGUAGCAGGCGACCUGGUGGAGGUCAAAGGUGGAGACCGAAUCCCAGCUGACCUCAGAAUCGUCUCUUCUCAUGGCUGCAAGGUGGAUAACUCCUCCCUCACCGGCGAAUCAGAACCUCAGACAAGAUCACCUGACUGCACUCAUGACAACCCUCUGGAAACCCGCAACAUCGCUUUCUUCUCCACUAACUGUGUGGAAGGUGAGGGAUUUACUACAGUGUUGAAUUGGUUUAUCUACAUAAAAGUCAAGUUCAGAAGCGUGACUUUUUCUGUUUCACUGUUAGGCACUGCUCGUGGUAUUGUGGUCUGCACUGGUGACCGCACCGUGAUGGGCCGCAUUGCUACGCUGACCUCAGGACUGGAGACAGGGAAAACCCCCAUCGCCAAGGAGAUUGAGCACUUUAUUCACAUCAUCACAGGCGUGGCUGUCUUCCUGGGACUGUCUUUCUUCGUUCUGUCAAUCAUUUUGGGAUACUCCUGGCUGGAGGCUGUCAUUUUCCUCAUCGGAAUCAUUGUCGCUAAUGUGCCUGAGGGUCUGCUGGCUACUGUCACUGUGUGUCUCACUCUGACGGCUAAGCGUAUGGCUAAGAAGAACUGCCUGGUUAAGAAUCUGGAAGCUGUAGAGACACUAGGAUCCACUUCAACUAUCUGCUCGGACAAGACUGGAACACUGACCCAGAAUCGAAUGACUGUCGCACACAUGUGGUUUGACAACCAGAUCCAUGAAGCCGAUACCACUGAAGAUCAGUCUGGUGCUUCUUUCGAUAAGAGCUCCGUGACAUGGGUGUCUCUGGCCCGUGUGGCGGCACUGUGUAACAGGGCUCAGUUUAAGGCAGGACAAGAUACUUUGCCCAUCCUAAAGAGGGACGUGGCGGGUGAUGCUUCUGAGUCUGCCUUGCUUAAGUGUAUCGAGCUGUCUUGUGGCUCAGUCAGGAUGAUGAGAGAUAGGAACAAGAAAGUAGCCGAAAUCCCAUUCAACUCUACCAACAAAUAUCAGCUGUCCAUCCAUGAGACAGAAGACCCCAACGAUAACCGCUACCUGUUGGUGAUGAAGGGGGCACCAGAGCGCAUCCUAGAUCGUUGUUCCACCAUAAUGCUGCAGGGUAAAGAGCAGCCCAUGGAUGAGGAGAUGAAGGAGGCCUUCCAAAAUGCUUACCUGGAGCUUGGAGGACUUGGGGAGAGAGUGCUGGGAUUCUGCCAUGUCUUAAUGCCCGAGGACCAGUACCCAAAAGGCUUUGCCUUUGAUGCAGAUGAUGUGAAUUUCCAGACAGACAAUCUUUGCUUUGUGGGACUGAUGUCAAUGAUUGACCCGCCCCGCGCUGCCGUGCCCGAUGCCGUGGGAAAGUGCCGUUCUGCGGGAAUCAAGGUCAUCAUGGUGACAGGAGAUCACCCCAUCACUGCCAAGGCCAUCGCCAAGGGUGUGGGCAUCAUCUCAGAGGGUAAUGAGACUGUGGAAGACAUCGCUGCCCGUCUCAACAUCCCCGUCAGUCAGGUCAAUCCCAGGGAUGCCAAAGCUUGUGUGAUUCAUGGAACAGAUCUGAAGGACUAUUCUCAGGAGCAAAUAGAUGACGUUCUGCGGAACCACACUGAGAUUGUGUUUGCCAGGACGUCUCCUCAGCAAAAACUCAUCAUUGUAGAGGGUUGCCAGCGACAGGGGGCCAUUGUGGCUGUAACAGGCGAUGGUGUGAAUGAUUCUCCAGCCCUGAAAAAGGCUGAUAUUGGUGUCGCUAUGGGCAUUUCAGGGUCUGAUGUGUCUAAACAAGCCGCUGACAUGAUUCUGUUAGAUGACAACUUUGCCUCAAUUGUUACUGGAGUAGAAGAAGGCCGACUCAUCUUUGAUAAUUUGAAGAAAUCCAUUGCGUACACCCUGACCAGCAACAUCCCUGAGAUCACCCCCUUCCUGUUCUUCAUUAUUGUCAAUAUCCCUCUGCCGCUGGGCACCAUCACCAUCCUCUGUAUUGACCUGGGAACUGACAUGGUACCUGCUAUUUCUUUAGCUUAUGAGGCUGCUGAGAGUGACAUCAUGAAGAGGCAGCCCAGGAACCCUCAGAGAGACAAACUUGUGAACGAGCGUCUCAUCAGCAUUGCUUACGGACAAAUUGGUAUGAUCCAGGCUUUGGGUGGUUUCUUCAGCUACUUUGUGAUUUUGGCUGAGAAUGGCUUCCUGCCCUCAUUGCUGGUGGGUAUCAGGCUCAACUGGGAUGACCGCUCACUAAAUGACCUGGAGGACAGUUACGGACAGCAGUGGACAUACGAGCAGAGGAAGAUUGUUGAGUUCACAUGUCACACAGCGUUCUUUGUCAGUAUUGUGGUUGUACAAUGGGCUGAUGUCAUCAUCUGCAAGACCAGACGCAACUCAGUAUUCCAGCAGGGCAUGAAGAAUAAGAUUCUGAUCUUUGGGCUGUUUGAAGAAACAGCUCUCGCCGCAUUCCUCUCAUACUGCCCGGGCAUGGAUGUGGCCCUCAGGAUGUACCCGCUCAAGCCGAGCUGGUGGUUCUGUGCUUUCCCAUACAGUUUCUUAAUCUUUGUGUAUGAUGAGGUGCGAAAGCUGCUCCUUCGCCGGAACCCCGGUGGAUGGGUGGAAAGGGAGACAUACUAUUGAUCAACAAAUCUUCUUUACUCACAUUCCUACAUCUUCCAUUUUGUUUCACUACUUCUUGUCCCAACCAAGACGCACAACCAUCCUCUCCCGCCCUCCUUUCAAAGAGACAGCAGCUUCAAGCCAGUAGCACGUCUCCCCCCAAAGAGGAAACCACAAAGCACCUUCCAGACUCUCGCCCCCCCAUUUCCUAUAAUACUCUUUGCAUGUAUUUUCACACGGCUGUGUACAUAAAGUCUACUAUAUAACUAAAAAUGGCAGCUGCAUAAUCAUUAUGUAGAUUCGAAAGGAGCUUUUGACGCUAAAAAGGGAGUAUGUACGCUCGCCUAUUAAAAAGGCCGUCCCUCCUCCAGCCCUUUACAUCCAUGCCUUUUCCCUCGACCUGUCCUCCAGUCACACACGGAUACACAGAUCACACAAAACCUUGUUGGAUCCCAAUGCACACACUAGACUCCGUUUAACAUAGUAACUUUCACCAUUUUGUUAAUACUUUUGCUUCUUAGGACAUUUCAUGUUCUUUAAUCUCUAACGGAGGUGGUUCGGUGGCUUUGAAUUUUUAUUUCUAUUUUUUAUUUUCUACUUUAGUUUGAUUGAUGUUAGCAUCCUCUCUCUCUCUCAUUGAUGUUCGCUCUUUGUCUUUGUUUGUGUGCUUGUUUGACCGCUACAAUAACCCCAAAUGUUUCAAUACACUCUCAAACUCCAUGUUUUAGGGAAAAUGUAAACAAUACAACAACUGAUUAAACAAAUGAAGACAAAUCUUGGAAGAUAGAAACACUGAAAAACAGUAAAAAAGAUUCUCUUGUGUGUUUUAACUCAUUUGACUGAAACACACAGGAAGCAAGUCAGAUUCCUAUCAGGUUUUGCACAGAAAACUAGUAUGAUGUUGAACAGCAUCUCUGGAAUAAAAUCCACUGCCGUCACGGACCUAAACACACCAGGUUUUAUUGUUUCCCAGUUAAAUUUGCUCUUUCGGUACAUUAACUGGUGAAGGUAGAUUUCAGUGUUUAUCUGUCAUAUCAACUUAAACCAUUUGUUCUCACUUGAGAAACAAAUUUUAUCUAAACUUCAAACUUUAUUGUCUAAAUCAUUUCUGGACCAAUCAAUUGAGCCUGGUGUGUGUGGGUUCCACCGCUGGUUUAUCAGGAGAUGCCAUCUGUAUGAAGCAGUAUUGGGUCAUGUGGUCUGUAUGUGCGUGAGUGUCUGCGUGUGUGUGUGUGUGUGCGUGAUGAGGGACAAUGAGUGUGCUGCUGCAGUCGGCCAUUGGCUGUUCAUAUGACAGACGUGUGGAUGUUGAGACUAAAGACAGAAAGACAAAACUACUGGUAGAAUCAUGUAUAUGAAAGGUCAAAUCCAAUAAAACAUCUAGUACAUUUAAUACUA